AUGCCGAAGAAAAGUGAAGCUAAGCUUGAUGAAACCGAUUGGAUUGACGGUGAAAAUCAACCGGCAGUAGCCGUUGAUGCUAGCGCUGCCAAGAAGAAGAAGAACAAGAAGAAGAAGCCCAAGAAGAAAGAGCCAAAGACUCAGACCGAUCCUCCAUCGAUUCCCAUAUCCCAGCUGUUCCCGAACAACACCUACCCCAAGGGAGAAGAGGUCGAGUACAAGGACGACAAUCGAUACCGAACUACCAGCGAGGAGAAGCGAUACCUGGACAAUCUGAAUUCUGAUUUCCUUUCCGAUUAUCGCCAGGCAGCUGAGGCACAUCGUCAGGUCCGUCAGUGGGCACAAAGAAGCAUCAAGCCUGGUCAAACACUCCUGGAGAUUGCCAACGGCAUCGAGGAUAGUGCGCGACGUUUAGUGGGACAUGAUGGUCUUACCGAAGGCGACUCCUUGAUAGCCGGUAUGGGAUUUCCCACCGGUCUGAACAUUGACAACGUUGUCGCCCAUUACAGCCCAAACGCUGGCUGCAAGACGGUGCUCAAGGAAAGCAAUGUGCUCAAGGUCGAUAUCGGUAUCCACGUAGGCGGUCGGAUUGUGGACAGUGCCUUCACAAUGGCAUUCGAUCCUGUCUAUGAUAAUCUACUGGCAGCCGUCAAGGAUGCAACCAAUACUGGUGUGCGGGAAGCUGGUAUCGAUGUUCGAGUCGGGGAGUUGGGUGGCUUAAUCCAAGAGGCUAUGGAAAGUUACGAGUGUGAAAUCAAUGGCAAGACUCAUCCGAUAAAGGCCAUUCGUAACUUGUCCGGUCACACAAUCCUUCCUUACUCGAUCCACGGGACUAAGAAUGUCCCUUUUGUCAAAUCCAAUGACAUGACAAAGAUGGAAGAAGGGGAUGUUUUUGCUAUCGAAACAUUCGGCAGUACCGGUGCCGGUCGAUACGUAGAUGGGGGUGAAGUCUCUCAUUAUGCUCUACGCGGUGACGCAAACAGGAAGGACUUGACUCUUUCCUCAGCAAGAAAUGUAUUGGGCGCUAUCAAGAAAAACUUUAGCACUAUCCCUUUCUGCCGGCGCUAUUUGGACAGAAUUGGACAAGAGAAGUAUCUCCUUGGUGUAUGGAAUUUCCUUCAAAACAUUGGAUUGGAACUAUUGACUGACAUAAAAGACAGUUGA